CUCAUAAGAUGGCGCUAGGAUUUGUGUUUAUUGUAAUUUAUCACUCUACUAUGGUUUGUCGUUACGUGUUGAACGAUCAGUAUGUUUUGCAUUUUCGAAUACCACGGUAGAACAUUAUAGGCUUUAUUCCACGUAAACAUCAACACAAAAUGCAAUAUUUAAUUAAUCAACCAUUUAGCACAUCAAAAUGUCUGUAACAGAUUUAUGGAAACGAAUAUGGCUUUGUUCGUUAUGCAUGGUUUUCUUAAUAUUCCCGCUGAUUGACACAAGUGAUAUAAAACAAUUGACGUUUUGCGAACAGAAAUCUUCACGCAGUUUAUUAUUUAUAAGCACUUUAGAUGGAAAGAUAUCUGCUUUGGAUGCUAAUAAUUCUGGAAAAAAACAAUGGACAUUAGAUUUGAACGAAGGACCUAUGUUAUCAUCAAGCAUUCAUCGCAGAGAACUUAACAAUAAUGGACAAUGGAUUCGUUUAAUUCCCUCUUUAAAUGGUGGAUUAUAUAAAUUUGAUGGUGAAAAUUUAGAAGCAAUACCAGUAACAGCAAAUCAACUGUUACAUUCAUCUUUUCGUUAUUCUGAUGAUUUAGUAUUUUCUGGUGGCAGAGAAGUUAAAUCAUAUGGUAUAUCAAGUACAACAGGAAAGAUUUUAUAUGAAUGUGGAAUUCAUGGCUGUACUAAUAGCACUCAGAAAGAAGCUUUUGUCGAACAAGAAAUGUUAAUUGUCCAAAGAUUUCAACAGACUGUGAGAGCGGUUGAACCUCGUACCGGUAUUGAAAGAUGGAACUUCAGUGUUGGACAGCAUGAUUUAACACUGGUCCCUCAAUCUGAUGUUUAUUGCCAAAAUAAAGUUCAAUCUCAUAAUUUAGAUAUUGAAAUUAAAGUUGUUAUACCUGAUGGUUUGAUCUGGGCUAUUAAUAAGAAUAAUCCUACAGUGAAAUUAUGGCAACAGAAGUUUGACUCUCCGAUCGUUUCUAUUUGGCGUGAAGAUGCAAAUACAAAAAGUGGUGAAUAUAACAAUUUAAAAGAGAUUAAUUUAUUUGAUAGCAAACAGUGGUCAUGGGGUACAGAGUUUUCAACCAGUCCAGGUAUUUAUUUAGGUAUGCAUGACAGGCAGUUAUACAUACAAGAAAAUGGAGAAUUACAUAAAUCAUUAGAAAUUUCACAAAAGCAUGUGCAGCACUCAAAAUACCCAUGGCAACCUUAUCCUGCUGUUGGUCAUGCAGUUAAAAAAACUCUUCCUAGUCCAACAAAUGAUAAUAAUGAUGAUGCUUUACUUCAAAUAAGUGAUGCACAAAGUACUACUGCAUUGUCAGUUUUAUAUAAUUCAGAAUAUGUGAACGGAAAUGGAUUCUAUUUGUAUUCUAAAGAUCAGUUGCAAUUAGGUAAUGACAAACAAUGUGGUCACCAAAAUCCAAUCCUACUGCUUAUUGAUAAAGAAGAAAAAGUGUAUAUAUCAAAUGAUACUCAUGGAGAAGAUGAUGAUACGCCUGUCCAAAUUAUAAUUGUAUCAUUGUGGUAUUGGUGGAAGGAAGUUUUAGUAAUUUCAAUUACCACUGCAAUUUUACUUAAUUUUAUGUUAACGCAACGUCUGUUAAAUGCCACCACUCUUGCUAAAGAUGCGGUACUUCCGCCUUUAAUAGUUGAACGCCAUAUAGAAACAAAUAAAAGCAAUAUCCAACAGAGUGAUGAUGGAAAGAACAGUGAUGAUUUCAAAUCACGUUAUCUCACUGAUUUUGAGCCAGUCGAUUGUUUAGGAAAAGGUGGUUAUGGCGUCGUUUUUGAGGCAAAGAAUAAAAUAGACGAUUGUAAUUAUGCUAUUAAAAGAAUUGCUCUACCAAACAGUAAAUAUUCAAGAGAGCGUGUAAUGCGAGAGGUGAAGGCAUUAGCUAAAUUAGAUCACCAAAAUAUCGUAAGAUAUUUUAAUGCAUGGCUAGAAUGUCCACCAGCUGGUUGGCAAGAAAAACAUGAUCCUCAAUGUAUGAACAAGCUAAUGUCCCCGAAUUCUGAAUUUACUGCUGAUAUUACUCCUUCGAUUACGAAGAUUAAUAAUUCUGUUUGUAUUAAUGUUACUCAAACUGAUCAAUCAUCAGUGGAUAGUGCUUGCGAGGCAUAUGAAAUAAAUCGUAUCGAUUCAAACGAGGAUUCUUUUAUUAUUUUUGAGAAGCCUCAUUCAGUAGGUUCAAAUGAGGAUAUAAUUAAUAUUCGUAAUUGUAGUAGCGGAAGUUCUAAUACAUCUAUUUCAAACAACAUAGUAGGAAAAGAAUUACCCACAACUAAUGAUUCAGAAAGCAUCGUGUUCGAGGACACUGAAAGUAAACGCUCAGAGAAAGAAAAUAAAAGAAAGCGACAAGCAUCGUUUUCUUUAAAUUUGAACAAAUCAAAUUCAUAUAAAUCUCCAAAAAUGUUCCUCUAUAUACAGAUGCAACUGUGCCAAAGGUUAAGUCUUCGAGAAUGGCUUAAAAUACAAUCAACAAGGGAUUAUCGUCGGGUAUUAAAUAUAUUUCAACAAAUAGUUGACGCUGUUGAGUAUGUUCAUUUGCAAGGACUCAUUCAUCGUGAUUUAAAGCCCUCAAAUAUAUUUUUUUCCUUCGAUGAUAAAAUAAAAGUUGGAGAUUUUGGUCUUGUAACUGCAAUGACAGAAGAUUACGACGAGGCUCAUACUCCUGCAGAAAAUGAAGAUAUUACUUUGAAAAACAGUUUACAUACCGCGUAUGUCGGUACACAUCUUUAUAUGUCCCCUGAGCAGAUAAAUGGGCAGGGCUAUAAUUACAAAGUUGAUAUUUACUCCUUAGGGAUUAUUUUAUUUGAACUCCUUAUUCCAUUUGUUACUGAAAUGGAGAGAAUAACCACUCUCAUAAAUUUAAGGAAAUCGAUAUUUCCAAAUAAUUUCGGUAAUGAUUAUCCAUCCGAGCAUAAUUUGUUAAAUAUGAUGUUGGAUGAAAAUCCUAACAAAAGACCAACAACAUUCGGUAUCAAGGCGAAAGCACCAUUAUUGAAUGAUGAAAUAGCCAAUGGAUUUGGUACAAGUGAAGAUACAAAAUGGCAUUUUGAACUGCCUCAAUUAACAAGACAUUCCUCUGUAAUUAGUAGCAGUAGCAAUGAUUCUUAGGAAAACAGUUAAAUAAUUAUACCUCUCUGAUUGAUUUAACCACUAGAUCUUGUUCACUACCAAGUAAAGUUACUCCACUUUUGGAUGAAACAAACUUUAUAAUAGAAUUAUAGUUAUUGUUAGGUGUUUGUGGAAGUCUAUAAAAACCAUAUCUAAAACAUAAUAUAUUUUAUUCUAAUUUUUCGCCUUUAUUUCUAUAGUUUAUAUUAUGUGUUACCCGUUUUUAGCAUCUUGGAUUAUUUCCAACAAACACCAAAGAAUCGUCAGUAUGAAACAUACAAUUGUGGUUUCAUAAAUAAAAUUCCAUUCUUUCCAGAAUACAGUUUCAAAUUCUGCAAACAAAUGUUAAUGCAUUCACAAACAAAACGUAAGCUUAAAUAAUGAUUUUCAUUACCUUCACUUUUAUCUAUUGCAGUAAUUCCGAAAGUGAAGAAAAUCUGAUUUGAAGUUUUAUUCAAUUUACUCCUAUGAUAUGAAUGACAUGAAUAAAAAUUUUCAAUUGCUUCACGAGUUGAGUAACUUACAAUGCUAAUUGUACUGACACGUCCAUCAUCUUUCAGACGAAAAAAGUCAUCGCUUAAGAUAUAAAUAUCUGUUAAAAGAAUAUACGUAAAAUGAAAGAUGUCAAAUAUUCAGUUUACCUUUCAUAAGAUUGUAAUAGCUUAUCCAUUAAUAACCACACGACAUAUAUUCGUUUAGAAGAUAAGUGCCCUUUUUCAUAAGGAAUUUUAUUAUAGAAACAUGAUAAUUUAAGUUCUUGGCCUAAUAGUAAUGGUAUUUCUUCAUAAUAAUCUAACAAAUUAUAAAAUUAUAUUUUUAAUGUAUUGCAUUUAAUGAGCAUUAAGCAGAAUAAUUAGUUACUACCGGAUGUACUAAUAGUGCGACUUGAAAAACGUUUGCUUGUUGUUCCAAAAACUGCUAACGACAGGAGAUCAAUUUGAUUUCCAUCUAUAUUAAGGGAGCCAAGAGUAAAACUCAUUUGUGGUAUCUCUACACAGCUGGGACAUAUUUUUUCCUGUUGUAAAUGGAGCACUUAUAAUUUCGUACGAGUAAUAAAAUCUUUUGAAAUUA